AUGUAUUAUGGAACGAGUAAAAGUGGUUCGGACAAAAUCAAUUUAUUAUUAAUCUCUGUUAAAAGUUUGUCAAAUGAUCUAUUUUCAAAUGGUGGGGGACAAAGUUCAUCCAAUCAACAACAACAUCAUUUAUCUUUGGGAAAUGGUGUAGGGACAACGGCAAGCAAUAAUGCUAAUAAUGGAACAAAUCAAAAUGGCUCAAAUAUUGUCGAAAAUUUAGAUAAUCAUCUUGGAUCAACAGUGGCUACUACAUUUCCCUAUGAUACGUCAAGUUCAUUAGAUUAUCCACGUUUUAGUGGAUUUGAUCGUCUCGAUUUGAGAAAUUUUGCAUCGUCAACGUCUACCACCUCUUCAUCAUCGUCGAGUAAGACAAAUCUCAAUCCUUAUUCAAAUUUUACCAUGAUGCAGGCUGCUAUGCAACAUCAUACAGCAGCAACUGUCUCUACACCAACUGCACACAACGGGCAAUUAACAAGUGACUAUUUAACAUCAGUACCAAAUGGAGGUUGGAAAGUACAAGAUGCAGCAGCAGCCGCCGCAUUCGGAAUGCAAUCACCUAUGCAUCACCACCAUCAAUUAUCAUCACAUUUUAGUGCAAUGACAGCCAAUCCAAUGUUGUACUACAAUUGGAUGAGACCAGGUAGUGGACCGGAGUUUAAUUUUGAACACAAACGUACUCGUCAAACCUAUACUCGGCAUCAAACGUUAGAAUUAGAAAAAGAAUUUCAUUACACUAAUAGAUAUUUAACACGACGUCGACGAAUCGAAAUUGCACAUCAAUUAAGUUUGACCGAGCGACAAAUUAAAAUCUGGUUUCAAAAUCGUCGUAUGAAAUGGAAAAAAGAAAAUAAUUUUAAAUCAUUAAAUGAUCCAAAUGUUAAAUUAGAAGCAUCUAAUAAUUCACACCAUUCAUUGACCGAUUCAUCAUGUUAUCAUCAAAUAAAAAAAGAGCACACACAAGUGAAUUCAAUCUCAAAUACAACAUUUCAAUCACAAACCCGGUCAUUUAUAAAACAAUUUCAAUUAUACACCACGCAAACAUUUUUACGUACAUUGAGUUUUGUACAAAAAACAACACAAGCAAAUAGUUUGAUGUCUGGUUUGUUAACAAAUUUUCGGUUUGUUCAAUCUCCACCUGGCUUCACUCAAGAUUUAUUUUUCACUCCAUCACUUUAUGUUAAUAAAAGUAAUUUAACAUGUUCAUGUGAUGUUUCAUCAAAAUGUCUUGAACCAUCAGCAAUAUACAACAAUUUAACGUUAUAUCUUGAAUUUGUUGUACCUGGUUUUUAUUUAAGUUGUUUUAUUGUUGAUUCAUUAUUACAAUCAAUAUUAGAAUGUUUUUAUCAACGUCAAUGUAUAAAUGAAAUACAAUCAUGGAUGACAACAAACUUCACCAUAGUAUCACCACCUGAUGCAACACUUAAAAGUAAAUAUCGGCCAACAACACCAGUUCAGGAAAUAUUCAGCAAUUUAACGAUUGAACAGUGGCUAACAACAAUAUUAUUCAGUAGCUAUUAUGAUGAAUGUCAUCCAACAGAAUGCACCUUUUCUUAUGUACAAUCAUUUGAUCUACUCUAUACAAUAGUAGCACUUCUUGCAUUAACUGGUGGACUCACAAAAAUUCUAAAAGUUAUCGUACCGAAUGUAGUGAGAUUAAUAAGGUGA